UUGAAAAUUUAAGGGUGUCCCCGUGAAUUUUAAAAGUUCAAAGCAAGUUGAGUGGUUUAAUAAGAUUUAUAAGGAAUCUGAUGUCCGGGCUCCGGCUAAUCCAUGGUUGUUUCUUCUUCUGCAGAGUAAUUCCGGAAUCUGCGAAUUAAACAAAUUGUGUUGAUUGCCCAGUUUUCAUACUUCUAUUGCUUUUGUCGCAAAAUACUAUACUUUUGGCUUGGCUGUGAGACUGUGGUUGCUGCCUUGCUGGUUCUUGCCCCUGCUCACAGCUCACAACGCCAUUCUCAAGAAAGAAGCGCAGACAUCAAUAUUAGCUUCUGGGUCUCGACUGAGAAUUUUGCAGACAUGCUUGCCAUUUUAUGUGAUACUGACACCCUGUGCCACCAACAAUCAUCUGGGAUUAGACUUAGGUACUGAUACUUUACCUUGAAGUACAUAUAAUGCUGACCCUGGUUCCCAAAGUAUCAGCCUUGUUGGAGAAGACUCUGACUGUUAAACAAGUAAAGCAAAUUCAGGCAGUAGUACUCAUCAAUAGUCUUAAUUAUUUAGAGAGAUUGGUGCUUCACAGACUUCUCAAUUCUUCAUGUAGUUACAGUAAAGAUACAUCUAGGUAUGUCGAGUUAUUUCUUCAGCACAUGCAAAAUCCAGAUGUUUCUUUGUGGGUGUACAACAUGCGAUUUCUCUCUAAACAUGGGCAAUUUGUUGAGGCUUUUGCUCAGUAUGUAAAUAUGCGGAGAUCAGGACUGGUACCAAGCACUUUUGCCGUGUCAUCUGCUCUUAAGGCAUGUGCAAGGCUAAAGGAUCUUUGGGGUGGGAUCUCAGUACAUGGUCAAAUUCACAAAUAUGAAUUUUCUGAUGAUGUUUAUGUUCAAACAGCUCUUGUGGAUUUCUAUUCAAAACUUAAUGAUAUUGAGACGUCACGCAAGGUUUUCGAUGAUAUGAAAAGGAAAAAUGUGGUUUCUUGGAAUUCAUUGCUAAUUGGGUAUCUAAAAAAUGGGAACUUAUCAAUGGCUCAGAGCUUCUUUGAUGAGAUUCCAGAGAAGGAUGUUCUAUCUUGGAAUUCGAUGAUUACAGGAUAUUUGAGGACGGGGAAUAUAAAUCACGCAUAUUCUCUGUUCCAAAAGAUGCCUGAAAGAAAUACAGCUUCUUGGAAUGCAAUUAUCGGUGGAUAUGUAAAAUGCGGGAAAAUUGAACUAGCAAGAGCCUUUUAUGAUUUAAUGCCCAAGAGAAACAAUGUUUCUUGUAUUACUAUGAUUGCCGGUUACUCGAGAUGUGGGAACGUUGAAUCUGCUAAUGAGAUGUUCUGUAAAAUGGAUGAGAAAGAUCAAGUAUUGUACAAUGCCAUGAUAGCUUGUUUUUCCCAAAAUAGCAGACCACGGGAGGCACUUCAGUUAUUCAAUGAUAUGAUUCAACCCCAUACAAAUAUUCAACCGGAUAAAAUGACGUUGUCUAGUGUUAUAUCUGCAUGCUCUCAACUGGGAGAUUUGAGCUUUGGUGUUUGGACUGAAUCAUACAUGAGAAAACUUGGAAUCAGAAUGGAUGACCAUCUUGCCACUGCUUUUAUUGAUUUGUAUGCUAAGUCUGGAAGCAUCGAUAAAGCUUUUGAGUUAUUCCGUGGCUUGCGAAAGAAAGAUGUGGUUGCUUAUACAGCUAUGAUAAUGGGAUGCGGCAUAAAUGGCCGGGACAGUGACGCUAUCGAGUUGUUUGAGGAGAUGAUACAUUCUAAACUUUCUCCAAAUUUAGUAACUUUCACAGGACUAUUAACUGCCUUCAGUCAUGUUGGUCUGGUGGAAGAAGGUUAUCAUUGCUUCAAUUCCAUGAAAAACUAUGGACUUGUUCCAUCUGCAGACCAUUACAGUCUCAUGGUUGAUCUCCUUGGUCGAGCAGGGAAGUUAGUAGAAGCCCGAGAUUUAAUAAAGAGCAUGCCUAUGCAGCCUCAUGCUGGGGUUUGGGGAUCAUUACUCUCUGCUUGUAAUUUACAUAACAAUGUUGAACUUGGGGAAAUUGCUGCUAAGCAUUGCUUUGCGUUGGAGCCUGAUACUACUAGUUAUCGUUCACUUCUGGCCAAUAUUUACUUCUCGGCUGGGAGGUGGGAUGAUGCCAAGAGAUUGCAAACCGCUAUCCAUGACACGGCUAUGGAAAAGGGCAUGGCCAAGAUAUCUGGUAGUAGUUGGAUGGUACAUAGUUGAGUAAAAUUGCCAGUUGGCAGUACUAGAAGUUACUAGAAACCAGAAGUGAUGUUGCUCAUCAACAUGAUGAGUUCCCUUGCGGUCGUGAUUUUUUGCGGAGCAAACCUCCUAUACACAUAUACACAUUCAUCUCCUGUGGAACUUUUCCAUGGUUAGAUGCAUAACAUGGGAUUCUUGACGUUACCUCAGCUUAGCAAACUUGCAAGGUUGGAGAAAUAACUACUGUCAACAUAGAUGAUCAUGAAGAAGAAAGGCUUUUAGAUGAUAAGUCUCUGUUCUUGCAGCAGAAUUUACAAGGUGAUGAAAUGGAUCGUGGCAGAGAAAACUCCUAUAUUCAGUAAGCAAAACAAUGGCAACUCUCCACGAGGCAUAUGAAAAAUGGGGCUUCUUUCAGAUUGAAAACCAUGGGAUUGACAAGCAGUUGAUGGAAAAGGUUAAAGACUUGGUGAAUCAGCAUUACGAAGAAAAAGGCAAUAGGACAACCAUUGACCGGGAAACUGUGUUUUUUAUCAGGCAUCACCCGGAUUCUAACAUAAACGAGAUCUCCAACCUCUCACAGGAAUUCAGCGCUCACUUGCAACUGACCUUCAGAGCCUUUCCAUGGAACUCCGCGAGAAACAGUCUACGUACUUAGAGCGACUUAAGCAGCAGAAAGAGGGUCCGGACGGGGUUGAUUUAGAGAUGAACUUAAAUAGAACUCAAUCUGGAAUGGAGGAUGCGGAUCUAGAUGACAUGAGGCAUUUGCAGUUUGCGAGAACUAUUUACCUCCACAAGGAUUUAAUGAGAAAGAUUUACAUCGCCUCCUUGAAAAGGUCGGAAGCCCUUCAGGAAUGGAUAAUCUAGGUAAAUCUUUUACAUAUUUACAUAUCUACGGACAUGAAAUUUUGUAGUUAAGAAUCUUAAUCUCUGUAAUUAUGUGAUACAUGAUACAUCACUAAUAAAUGAUAUCAGUAUCUUCAAGUUAAUAAGUUUACAGAGUGCUAAUGAAAAUGAUUCUACAUCAACUUUGGUUCUGUUUUAUCAAACAUGAGGCAUGUUUAGAAUUUUGGACUCAUAUUUUUCGUUAGGUAUCCCUCAAUCAGAUUUCACACGUAACUUAUUUGCCUAAGUACAUGACAAAUUUUAGUAGCGGAUGGUUAGUGAGCGGACAAAAUGGUUCGUGUAUGCAAUUUUAUUUAUCAGCACUAAAACUAACACGUUGAGAGGACUAAAAUUUUUAAAUUUAGACUGAUGAUGUACAUCAUGACUAUUUCUAAUCUUUGCUAAUGUUUUUUUCUAUUUUCUUUUAUAUCUUCCCUUAUGCUGUAAAUAUUUUGUAUGCAUGGGAACACUCUUCAAUAAUGCUGCUGAGUCUUUUUUCAAGAGUGAGAUAUGUCGAAGAUUGUUUGUGACUGCUAUCUUACUUGUGAUGAGCCGUGUGGGAUAUUUUAUUCUUCUAUUAGGAUUUGAUAGAAAGUUGAUGCCAGAGGACUACCUAAGAUUUGUCUCAGGAUCUGUUGGAAUGCAUUGACCUGAGCAAAAGAUAUAUUGAUGUUCUUGCCAAUGUUUAUCUGUCCCUUUUAUUUAGUUAGUGGUUCCCAGAUUUUCUGUAACAAGUAAACUCUUCGUUAAAGUAUUGGCAGCAAGCAACAGUUGUUGUGAUUUAGAUGUUAUCUUCUUUUUACUUUUCCGGUUUUUGUGUAAUUAAAAUAAUCAAUGCCAUUAGUAUAUAUUCUGAAUCUGGACAGAAUUAGUUUCUUCAUCUGUAAAAGAGUUAUUUGUGUGUUU